CAUAUUGUGUGUUUUUACUCUGAGUUGGAGCUGGUAUCUGCGGCCACACCCCUGCGCCUCUUCUACCCGACGCCCUCGGGAUAUUUUUAGCCCCGAUGAUGGUUCCUCACGUGGCACGUAACAGACACAAAGGUAGCAGCAACACAACACCGCCUCACCUUUCCUAACCUGCACCGUGGUGUCGGAGCCACAGAAGGAAUCAGCUGGGAUGCAUUUGGAAUUUUGCUUCUUGCUUCUUCUUUCGGCUUCAUCCCAGACUGGAGGUCAAAGUGUGGCUUUGCCUCCCGCCGCCACCCCGUCUGCCUGGCUGCCUCCUGCUGGCACCUCGGGGGGUUUUGACCUGAUAAAAGGUCGUGUGGAUGACGUCCUACAUCAAAGACACGAUGGUGGAGAUGAUACCACAACCGUAGCAAACAAUGAGAAGACUCUUUUGAAGACGAUUGUUCCCGUGAUAACAAGAUCUACAGAAAUAAUGUCUCAACAUGCAGCAGACUCUGUUUUCACAACAGCACAGCCUGGAACACAAGCAGCUGCUCCACACAGCAUUUCACCCACAAACACAGCAGAGGGCAGAGCGGCCGUGACCAAACAUCCUGUCAGUACCUUUUCAUCCCAGAAUGCAAACACCUCCACCCAGCCUCAGUCAGUGACGUCAUGGAGAAGAACAACCACAGCAGGACCCCUGACCUCCCGUGCAGGCCGAGACCCUGCUGGGCCACAGCACCUGGAGGUGCCACCUGAACUUAAUGUAGGUGAUGAAGAGCUCAAAAGAGUUCAGUGGAGUUCCCACGCUUCUCUGGACCCCCUCCUCGCUGGUCUGCUCUCAGUCUUCAUCGUCACCACUGCAGUCGUCUUCAUCGUCCUCUUUCUGCGCUUCCGCCAGCGGACGAACCACCCGGAGUUCCAUCGCCUCCAGGAUCUUCCCAUUGAUGAUUUGAUGGAAGACACCCCCCUCUCCAGAUACGCUUACUGAGGUGCGGCCGUUCUCACAAUAACAAAUCCUAAAAGGUGGAACGGUGUGGAUCUGUGCAGAGUCUUCGUCAAAUGAGUUCCUGAAAGUCAGUGAUGGAAGUGUGAACAGAACCGGUUACAGACUGUAGGGGCGUUAUUAUUUCUUUUUCUUCACAUUCUAUUUACAUUUCCAUUGCAUUAUUUACAAAAAGAAAAAGAAAAAAAGGCACACAGCACUUUAACGUGACGUUAAUUGUCGUAAUAUAGCCACCCAGGGGCGUUGCUAGGAAUUCUGGGCCCCCUGAAAGAGUACUGGUGUGGGUGUCAAACUGGUUUUCAUUGGGGGCCCACAUCGCAGUUAAGGCUGCCCUCAGAGGGCCGCUUGUAACAGUGAAUAAUAUAUACAGUACAUUUUAAAUUGCUUCAUUACACAAUUAUUCAUUGUUAUAUAUUUUUACGUACACUGUAAGAAAAAUAUGUCGAUUUUAGAGUAAAGUUUAGCUGCCGAAAUUUUACCAUAAAAUGUACCGUGUUUUUUUUACAAUGUACACUGUAAAUGUAAAUGGGGAAACAGUACCACUGUUUUACUGUAAAACCUAUGGUCGUUGUUUUUACAGUGUAUUACUGUCAAUGAAAAAAAAAACAAUAUUACACAUUUUUUGGUUAUGUGUUUUUACGGAAAAAUUCUACCAGUUUUUUUUUUUUACCGAAAAAUAAGUUUUACAUUGUACAAUUUGAUGGAUAAGUUGCUUCAAAAUCAUGAGUCAAGCAGAUAUUUAAGCACUUAUUUUGAUGUUUGGAAUGUGUGAUAAUAUAAUAUGUGUUGCAAUAUUAGAUUUGGUUUAAAAUAUGAAAUUGCAUACAAUCAAAAUAAAAAGUUGACUACAUUUAGAAACAAAUAGACGCAUGGUAAUUCCAGGCCUUUGCGGGCCACAUAAAAUGAGGUAUGAGUUUGACACAUGUGCUCUACCCCAUUCACUGGCCCCUUCAAUGUUCUUGUUUUUUUAGUGUUCUUGACGGUGCCUGGUGUAAUACACCCAAUAAGUUUUCUUUUUAUGAUUAACCACUUAAAGGCCUACUGAAAUGAUUUUUUAAAAUUUAAACAGGGAUAGCAGAUCCAUUCUAUGUGUCAUACUUGAUUAUUUCGCGAUAUUGCUAUAUUUUUGCUGAAAGGAUUUAGUAGAGAAAAUCGACGAUAAAGUUCGCAACUUUUGGUCGCUGAUAAAAAAAAAGCCUUGCCUGUACCGGAAGUAGCGUGACGUCACAGGUUGAAGGGCUCCUCACAUUUCCCCAUUGUUUACACCAGCAGCGAGAGCGAUUCGGACCGAGAAAGUGACGAUUACCCCAUUAAUUUGAGCCAGGAUGAAAGAUUCGUGGAUGAGGAACGUGAGAGUGCAGGACUACAGUGCAGUGCAGGACGCAUCUUUUUUCGCUCUGACCGUAAUUUAGGUACAAACUGGCUCAUUGGAUUCCACACUUUCUCCUUUUUCUAUUUUGGAUAACGGAUUUGUAUUUCAAACCACCUCGGAUACUAUAUCCUCUUGAAAAUGAGAGUUGAGAACGUGAAAUGGACAUUCACAGUGACUUUUAUCUCCACGACAAUACAUCUGCGAAGCACUUUAGCUACGGAGCUAACGUGAUAGCAUCGGGCUUAACUGCAGAUAGAAACAAAAGAAAUAAACCCCUGACUGGAAGGAUAGACAGAAAAUCAACAAUACUAUUAAACCAUGGACAUGUAACUACACGGUUAAUGCUUUCCAGCCAGGCGAAGCUUAACAAUGCUGUUGCUAAUGACGCCAUUGAAGCUAACUUAGCAACGGGACCUCACAGAGCUAUGCUAAAAAUAUUAGCUAUCCACCUACGCCAGCCAGCCCUCAUCUGCUCAUCAACACCCGUGCUCACCUGCGUUCCAGCGAUCGACGGAGCGACGAAGGACUUCACCCGAUCAUCGAUGCGGUCGGCGGCUAGCGUCGGAUAGCGCGUCUGCUAUCCAAGUCAAAGUCCUCCUGGUUGUGUUGCUGCAGCCAGCCGCUAAUAAACUGAUCCCACCUACAGCUUUCUUCUUUGCAGUUUUCAUUGUUCAUUAAACAAAUUGCAAAAGAUUCACCAACACAGAUGUCCAGAAUACUGUGGAACUUUGCGAUGAAAACCGAGCUUUUUGUAUUGGAUACAAUGGUGUCCGAAAAUUUCCGUUUCAACGAUUGACGUCACGCGCAAACGUCAUCAUACAUAGACGUUUUCAACCGGAAGUUUCGCGGGAAAUUUAAAAUUGCACUUUAUAAGUAUUGGCAAGAUUUCAUCAUUGAUAUAUAAACUAUCAGACUGCGUGGUCGGUAGUAGUGGGUUUCAGUAGGCCUUAAACAAGUCAGAGUAUCAUUAUGUAAAUUAUGUAUUAUUGGUUAUCUUUUUUGUACUUAUUAAAAUACCCACUAAUAACACAUUUUACAAAACCACUUUGAACACAUCAUGAUGACAUAAUUGUUAAUUAUGAACAUCUGACAUAUACAUAUAUUAUCGUUCGUUAUUUUAGAUCUAAAUUUGUAUUAAGUCAUUUAUUUUUAUAUUGAGUAUGUCUUUUUUCCCAGAAAAAUGCCUCGUAGUCAUUGUCUUUAUUUUUGAUGAUCAACAAUUGUAUUCAUUCGUUUUCAUGUUAGUUAUGUCAUUUUGCACUAGAAAUAAAUAUAUAGUCAUUUUCUUUAUUUUUAAUGAUCUAAAUGUUUCUGAAUUUAUUUUCAUGUUAG